AUGGCGGCAGGCAAAAGGGUGGUCCUAGUCACAGGAUGUGCCAAAGGGGGCAUCGGUUACGAAUAUUGCAAGGCGUUUGCCGAGCACGAUUGUCACGUUUUCGCGUCCGACAUUUCCCAAAGAAUGAGCGAUUUGUCGGAUUUACGGUCGCAUAAUAAUAAUAAUAGUAUCGAAACGUUGGAGUUGGAUGUCACGUCGGACGAGAGCGUGGCGGGCGCGGUGGAUACGAUAAUGUCGAAAUUCGGUCAGAUUGACGUGGUGGUUAACAACGCCGGCGUGGGAAUCACCGGCCCGUUAGCGGAGAUCCCGACCGACCAAUUCCUGAAGGCCUACGAGGUCAACACGGUGGGCGCGUUGCGCGUGGCCCAGCACGUCGUCCCGCACAUGGCGGCGCGUCGGCGCGGGCGGAUCGUGAACAUCGGGAGCGUGGUUGGGAACGUGGCGACGCCGUGGGCCGGGCCGUAUUGCGCCAGCAAGGCCGCGGUUCACGCGAUGACGGACACGUUGCGCCUCGAGUUACGCCCCUUCAACAUCGACGUCAUCCUAGUCAUCCCCGGCUCCGUCCGGUCCAAUUUCGGGGCCAACGCUUCAGACAAACUAAGGAAUUUCGAGUGGAAAAUGUACAAGGAAUUCACGGAAGCUAUAACAGAACGGGCAACUGCCUCACAGGGCGGGAAAGCCACGGACCCGAGGGUAUUCGCGAGGCAUGUAGCGAGCGAGGUUUUGAGCGCGAAGGCGCCAAAACGGGUGGAAUUUGGUCACAUGUCGGGGCUGUUUAGGUUGUUGUCGUGGUGUCCGGUUUGGGGCAGAGAUGCGUUUAUGUCCACUAGGUUUAAGUUAAAUAGGAAGGUCUUUAUAUGA